AUGAGUGCGAGCCCAGAUAUGUCGGAAAAGGAGAUUCUCAAUGAUUUUAAGGAAAACUAUGGUAAGAUCCGAAAACUGCUUGACGAGGAUAGCAAGAAUGAUCCGGAAAAUGAGCCUUAUAUGUCUAAGUACAAAGCUAAAGGAAUACUUGUUUCUAUGGGCGACAGUUUGAAGAAAUUACUUGAUAAUCCAACUAGCUUCGAUGACUUGAAGCUCCAAGCUAUGUUAGGAACUGUGUUACUAAACAUUGGUGUCAUUGACAUGGAAACUGAAGAGCUGACAUCAAGUGAAAAGGUUUUAUCAGAAGCAAUUGAGUUACUAACUCCAAAUUCCUCGAAACCAGAAAUAAUAAUCACUCUUAUAAAUGUUUAUAAUAACUUGGGUAUUCUGUGGUCAAAUAGAGAUGCGCCUGAAAAGGCGAAAACAUAUUUGAUACAUGCAAAAGAGUUGUAUGAGAAUUUUAAAUGUACUCUGCAGUUGCCACUGCAUAUUGAACAGAUUGUUAGCCCUACAGGAGAGAGUCCAAUGGGAGACUUCAUGUUACUUGAGAAAGCACACACACUAACUCUGUAUUACCUGGCACAGGUCUUUGGAUCUUUGAGGGAAAACUUAAAGUCCGCUAUAUAUUGUCAUGUGACAUUGCGAAGGCAGUUACAGUACAAUGAUUAUGAACCGAUAGACUGGGCACUGAACUCUGCCACCUUAUCACAGUUCUUUGCUGAGCAGAAUGGGUUCUUCCAGUCCAGGCAUCACUUGGCAGCUGCGUCUACUAUUCUAGAACAGUAUGAAGAGAAAUUGGGCUCCUCGGAUAAUAAUGAUGAGGUGUUUCUUGCAAAGAUUGAAACAUUUAAGCAUAGAUCAGCUGAUGUGGCACGUUGUUGGGCCAAAUAUUGCAUUCUGCUCAUGACAUCAUCUAAAGCCAGGCUUAUGAAUGAUUCUGAACAAAUAACUGAAGAUGUGACAGAUAUGUCUGAUCUCAAAUUGGACGACCAAGAAAACAUCUGUGGAGGUGACAUCACAAAAUUAAUAUUCACAGAUCUGGAUGUCUCAAAAUAUGAGAGCAAAGUUGGAGAUAAGUUUCUCCUCACUUACCAAGAUGCUAGAGAAGUCUUCUUGAGCUGUCAGACUUGGUUAAAUAAAGCCAAGGAGUACUACAAACUUGAUACCUUAGCUUCCGAUUAUAUAGAACUGGUACAGGAUAGCUCCCAGUCUUACAGCUACCUUGCUUUCUUUGAAGAGGACGACGAAAGACGCGCCAAAAUGUACAAAAGAAGAAUCGACAUGCUAGAAGACUUACUAAAAGAAAUCAAUCCUGUAUACUACCUACAAUACUGCAGGCAACUCUGGUAUGAACUCGGUGAAGUUUACUCAGAUAUACUUAAUAUCAAACUUGAGAAAUUAAACAAGACUACAGAUAAACCGACACCUCAUGCAUUGAAGAAAAUAAACAAUCUUUGCGAAAAGAGUAUUGAGAACUUUGACCAUUUCUUGAACUCUGUCAAGGAUAAAGAUGGUCAAAUGCCUGUGAAAUUGGCGUUAGAACUAGUAAGACCUGUCAUCAGUGCUCUCGCAUUCAUAGGUAGGAAUAGCAUGAAGAGAGUAGCCGUAGACAAGGUAUUACAGUUGAGGAAUGUACAAAAGAGUUUUGAUUCUUAUCAAGCAGUGGUUGAUAUUUGUACGAACUGCGAGGAUGCGGCUGCAAUGAUGCGAGAAGAAUUUUCUUUAUGCCAAGAGAUGGUGAAAAUAUUACCAAUUAAGAUAAAGAGACUGCAAAUUGAAACAGCACAAUAG